AUGAGAUCCGUUAAAUGUGUGAUUGUUGGCGAUGGCGCCGUUGGUAAAACCUCGCUGCUCAUCUCAUACACCACCAACACUUUCCCGCAAGACUACAUUCCCACCGUCUUCGACAACUACACCACGACGAUCGCCCUGAAUGACGGCAAGUCGUUCGAGCCUCAAGUAUUCAGAUUGAACUUGUGGGAUACGGCAGGUCAAGAGGAAUACGACCGUCUCAGACCGCUUUCCUACCCACAAACUGACAUUUUCUUACUUUGCUUCAGCGUUAAUGAGCCUAACUCCUUUGAAAACGUGAGAGAUAAGUGGUUCCCUGAGAUCAGACACAACACGAACUACGAGAAUUUGGAACUAUUCCGUUGUUGCGGCAAGUACCCUAUACUGCUAGUCGGCACUAAGUCCGACUUAAGAGAUGACGAGCACGAACAAGAUCGUCUCACAGAAGUCAACUCUGAUUUUGUCUCAAGAGCCGAAAUCGAUCAGUGUGUUGCCAAAUGUGGCCUCAUGGGCUAUGUGGAGUGUUCCGCGGCUACCCAGGUAGGUGUUGCUGAGGUUUUUGAACGCGCAGUACAGUGCGUUGUAAUCGAGCCCGAAAAGCUAUUGAGUCAAAGUAAACAGAGCAAUAACCUGAGCCACGACCGCUCACUGGAUGUGCAAUCUGGCUCGCAAGCUAAUGGGGGCGCUGGCGUCGGCGGAUCGAGCCCAAGCACCAAUUGGAAUGGUUCGGGCUCGAAUCCAAUGAAGAAGAGAAAAAAGAAGUCUCAGAAGUGUAGCAUACUGUAA